UCACCAAGUUCCGAAGUUUAAAUAAGUGUUUGAUCUUGCUGGUGUGUCUAGUAUUUGUUAGCAUGUAUGUCGUCGACCAGGGGAGACUAUCGGGAGAAAUCUUGCGAGUGAUAGUCUCCUUCAACAGAACGCACUCGAGCAAGCUCGUUCAAGAUGCGGUAAAGAAGCUCUCAAAGUUUGGCUUUAACUUCAGUCGCAGAGUACAGUCUUCUGCAAUGGAGUCAAACCAGGCCUCAUGCACAUUUCCGAAAUUUGAUCCUUUCGACCCAAACGUUGUGAAAUUUGCCAAACUGGAUAGAGAAACUUUACAGUGUAAUGGAACAUUGCCGGACCUGACUUACCUCGAAGGGAAUUAUCUGAUUGUUAAUCAUACAAAACUGAAAGAGACAUUCCCUUCUUUAAAUGUGACGUGUAAGUAUCGAACCCUAACCAGACAUGACAGGGAUUUGUCCACCAGAUUCGGGGCGUUCAGCAAACCCUUUCAGACUUUCACGCGACUGCCUCGAGAAACUGAGUUUAUUCUCGUGGUCUGUGAAGGAACCCUUAGUUUGGGUUUGAACCCCAGAAAUUCUGCGUAUUUACGUAACACGCCUAGAACUAAUAGAUCUACUGUCGUGUCUAGAAACUUCUUUGCGCUGAUACCCGAAUACGAAGAACUAGCCGAGCUUGAGAACUUAAGAUUACGGAAGAGGAUGAUUGAUGCAGCUCCGAACGAGACCAUGAACGUGAUUAUGAUUGGCUUCGACUCUGUGCCACGUUUUCAUUUUCUGAGAGCCAUGAGCAAAACGUACAACUUUUUAGUCAACGACUUGCAGUCAUAUGACUUCACUAUGCACAGUCAAGUGGGUAAAAAUUCUUUCCCUAAUUUCCUUCCUUUGCUCACCGGAAGCUCUGAAAAGGAAACAAACAGGUGGUGGGACAAGACGAAAAGAGUAGACGAGUUUGAUCUUCUUUGGAAGGAUUUUGAAAGGGCUGGAUACCGAACCAUGUUUACUGAAGACUGGCCCCAGCUUGGGACAUUUAAUUUUUAUUUACCUGGGUUUUACAAAGUACCUACUGUACACUAUACCAAGCCCAUCAGUAUGGCAAUAGAAAAAGAUCGCCAGUAUAAAAAGGAUGGUUUUCACUGCAUAGGUAAUCAACCGGAAGUUCUAUUUCAUCUCAACUAUUUGAAAAGAUUUCUAGAGACUUUCUCGACUAAGCCUGUCUUCUCGUUGGUCUAUCUGACUCGCAUUGGUCACGACGACGCGACGAUGGUCAAAGCCGUGGACGACCAUGUCCACAACUUCUAUACACAGCUGAAGAGCUCUGGGCAUCUCAAUAAUACUAUGCUCAUCACAUUCUCCGAUCACGGACUUCGCUUCGGUCCACUUCGGCACACACUGUCGGGCGACUUUGAGAAGCAAACGCCAUUUUUAAUUUUGACACUUCCGCCUUGGUUUCGCAAGAAGUACCCGAAUGUUGCAGAAAAUCUCAAAGCCAACACCGGUCGCCUGACGUCACACUACGACACUCACGCCACCGCUCGGGACCUUCUUUAUUUCAGAUCAAGCGGAGACAACCCAUUACCAAAAUCUAAACAUGGGACUAGUUUGUUUCAGGAAAUUCCCCGAAACAGAACUUGCACAUCUGCCUACAUUCCUCAUGAGUUUUGCAUGUGCGGUUAUCAAAAGCCUCUGAAUAUAAGCGCAAACACUGAAUUGGCUGAUUUUCUUUCCAUGGCCAUCAUAUCCUACAUAAACUCAUUAGUAGAUAAAACAUUAUGCCAUACUUUAGCAGUACUGAAACUACUAGAAGUCAUUAGGCUUCCACCAUUGGAAGAUAAAUCUGACAAAAUAACGAUUGAGUUUAGAGUCAAAGUUAGCACCUUUCCAGGGAAUGGAAUAUUCGAGGCUUGCGUACAGGCUGACGACACCAGCGGCGGCGCAUCGUGGGAGCAGCUGGCAGCUGCCCACCUGAAGGAUGUCACUGUCGGGGAUGGCCUUGACCGUUUGAACAUGUACCGUGGCCAGUCGUAUUGUGUGAAAGAUACCAAAAUGAAAUUAUUCUGUUAUUGUAAGGAUUUACUCAAGACUAAAGUCUAGUUAGUUUAUAAAUGACACUCUUACACUUGUCAACCUACUAAGUACAUGCAUAGCGAAAUUGUUGAUAAGGUUUUGGCACCAUAUAUUUACACCUCUCUUCUUGAUUUUCUUCCCCUAUCACGUGAUGGUCAUAAACUCUUAUUGACUCUCUUUUGGUCUUUACUUUUAUCUUUUUUUUCUAUUUUAUUUAUUUAUCGCUCUUUGUUUCUCUAUAAUUCUCUCUCUCUCUCUCUCUCCUACCCCCUCUCUCUCCCUUCAGAAUAGGGCUCCACAGGAACGUAAAAAAGAGGUUCCAUGAGAUGAACCCGAGUCAUUCUACGACUGAAGGAGGCAGUCUUUUGUAUAUUUCUUCCUCUUUUAAUUUGUCUUCCUCUUUUUCUCUCUAUAUUUCAUCUCUUUUUACUUUUUAUCUCUCUCUCUCUCACACACACUCUCUCUCUCCCUUUCUCUCUCUCUCUCCCUCUCUUCCUCUCUCUCUCUCUCUCACACACACACACUCUCUCUCUCACUCUCUCUCUCUCUCUCUCUCACUCUCUCUCUCUUACACUUUCUCUCUCCCUUUAUCUCUCUCACUCUCUCUCUCUCUCACUCUCUCUCUUUCUCACUCUCUCUCUCUCUCACUCUCUCUGUCACUCUCUCUCGAUUACUCUCUCUCUCUCUUUCACUCUCUUUCUCUCUUACUCUCUCUCUCACACACACUCUCUCUCCCUCUCUUUCUCUCUCUCUCACUCAUCUUCAAAGUCUGUAUCUAGAUAACUAACCUACAAUUUAGUGUAGUUUGCCUCUAUGAAGUCCUAUCCAAAAGAUUUAGUUUUAAUUUUGUUUACAUUUGAGUUGACCCUUGUCCCAGUGAGAAGUUGCUGCCCUACACUAACUCAACUCCUUUUCCAAACUAGUCCAAGAACAUUUAGCUACCUUUUGCGCUUAUAUGGCAACGGUUCUCAACUUUUUAAAAUCGACGACCACAUUUUUUGAUACCAUUUCCCAAUUUGCGCCAAUCCCCAACCGUUAUUUUCGUUCAUAAGCACAAGUAAUCUCAAUCCUGAUGUACAUAUCUGAUAGGAAUUGCCAAAGGUCUAUGUUAAAUCCGGAAG